AUGGAUUUCAUGAUGUUACAGAGAUCCGUUCCCGGCGGGUUCAGGAUCCAGCUCCAGCCUUUUACGUGUGAGAUCAUGAAACCAGAUGCAGGUUUGCAUGUUGAUACCAGAGGGGGGGGGGGCGAGGCAGGCGUGUGGUUUCACAGCUACCGAACGGACAUAGAGCUGCGGACUUCCUGCUCGCUGCUGCCUGAGCUCACUUCAGAGGAUCUUCUCACUGACACCAGAGCAACAGCAGCUCCGACCCUCCGUCUCAUCUGCAGCACCCCCCCGGUAGCUGGAAUCAUUGAAGACAUGAACAUAUGUUAUAUCUUGGAUGGGAUCCUCAUCCUCUACGGCCUCAUCCUGACCGUCUUAUACUGCCGGCUGAGGAUGGUUCCAGACAGCCCUGAGAAGCAGCCGGUUGAGGGAGGCAUCUACGCGGGUUUGCGCUCGCCCUGUGCCGACACAUAUGAGACCAUCGGGAAGAAGCCGAUCGUCUGAUCAACAGAACGACGAUGUGAAGACGAUGCUGAGAACAAACCCACACACAUAUAUUGUAAAUUUAGUUAUUCCGCCUUGCGUCGGGCUUGUGCUUCAUCUUUCUUAAUAUAUAGAUAUAUAGAUAUAUAUUUUUUGUCUUUCUAUUUUAUUGAUAAAAACAUUUCCCAUCUUUCUGUCAUCCAUCCAUGAAAUGCUAAAGCUAUUAACUUAAGUCGUGUGCGAGAGUUUUCACUGUUUUUUACAGCAGGUUUUUAAACUAAGUUACUAAGAAAGCAGAAGUUUAUCUUUCGUGUCUGUUCAUUUGUUCCUUUUUACUUAUUAUUUAGAAAAUGGGGAAAUGUCUUAACCUCACAACUUCAAAUGAAUACAUUUUUAGUAACAACUAAUCAGCUAAUUGUUUUUUCAAUGAAUUUGAUAAAAUGUCUGAUAUGAAUGAAGAGUUAAAGUCCAGGUGACGUCUAAAAUGUUUUCCUCGGUCCAGAAUCUAAAGGAAAGAAAAGACUGAGGGAAUUUGAAAUGAAUAAACUAGACCUAGAAUGUUUUAAUCAUUAAAUAUUUUGCUGAUUGACUAAAAUCCACCUACAAAUUAAUCUGAUUAGUCCAAAUCCUGUUUGAUAGGCUUCGCAUGAUCAACACUUAGCAAAACCUGGAAUUAAAUUUUUUUGACAGUUUUUCACUCGACAAUUUUCAAUUGUGUGUAAAAUUCUGAUUUGAAAAAUCAAGCUGCUUUUCAUAUUAAAUAGUUUGAAAGUUG